CAGCUGGUAGUCGGGUGUUGAUCAUGCUCCACGCUUUGGGUUGGAACAAAGAACGGUUCCCAAAUCCUGAACAGUUUCAGCCUGAACGGUUCUCUCCAGAACAGAAAAAACUGCGACAUAACUACUCUUUUAUUCCAUUCAGCGCUGGCCCCCGCAACUGUAUAGGGAAGGCAUACGCGAUGGUGAUCCUGAAGACAGCCCUGGUUCAUAUCGUGAGACGCCUGCGAGUGAAAUCGCACACUAAAAUGUCAGACAUAGAGUACGAGCUGAGGGUUGUAAUGUGCAGCAAGACUCCGCUUCUGGUCACCUUCCAACCGCGAUAGUGACCGUUUUAUUUUAGUCUCCUGUAGAUUAUACGAGUUUAAUAGGUUUAUUUAUUACUAACCUUAGCAGGAACCCUCAUGAAUAUUAUUUUGUGCGUAGAAACCUAAAUAUUAAAUGUAGUGAGUAGUGUUCGCUGUUAGGUAUUUAAAAAAAAUUUUUAACUGCAAAAGUAAUUUUCAAACUUGAAGGCCAUACAUUGAUAAGUAAAUAAAUUUAUGAUGUAAUAUGAUGAAGCCCUACAAGUUUGUUAAACAUAAGUAGACUUAUUAGG